UUCCCAACAUAUUCCUAUAGAUUCCCUCUUGAUCUCAUCCUUUUCUAUAACGACAAAAUAUCCCGAGAUCAAAAUGUGCUGUGACUCCAGCAGAGGACUGGCAGGUGCCCACAGGCUGGUGGCGCAUUACUGUGCUGCGAUGGGUGUUUUUCACGCGUCACCAGUGGGCGCUUCUUCUUCCUGCGUACAAAGAGAUGGGAGCCCGGGGAUGCGCACAAUGUGAGUCUCUCCUCUCAGCUCAGAGGCACCGCUGUCCUCUCUCUCUCUCCAUCUCUCUCGCUCUCUCUGCUUCUUGGCAACAUCUCGUGGAGUGUAAUCCGAGGAGGUCGAGGAGCGUAUAGCCUACACAUCCAGCAGAACAGCCAGCAAAACUCACUGAUUGUGGAAUAAACCGAGGCUUCUUUUGCUCUUAGCAGUCCCAUCCAUCCAGAAAGGACUGAGAGACGCACAAAUUAAGUGCAGAGCGCAAAAAAAACACUGCUGGAGACACAGAGCAACCUCUUCUUCUUCUUUUGGCUUUGUGAGAGGACAAGAGUUGCUGUGAGAAAUGUUAUCCGCUCACUAGAGCAGCAGAGAAACACAUCUAACAGGACACUGGAAUUACAAUCACAGCAGUUUAAUGAAGAGGAAAAAGAUUGCAUCCUAGAAGAAAUUAAAAUUCUUGUAUUCAAGGGAGAGCGUUCACAAGCAACUGGAUGAGAGUCUUAUUAGCCCUCGGCAACUAAAGAUGAUGUUACCAUGGAAACAAAUUGUUCUGCUAUCAAUCACUGGAUGCCUUGCAGCCUGUACAGAGGAUGUCAUGUUUCAAGGGCCAAGAUGGAGGACGGAGCCGAGUGACCUCAUUUUACCGAUCAACUCCCCAGACCAGCAGGCUACCAUCACGUGCGAGGCGGAAGGGAGCCCUCCUCCGCAGUACAGAUGGUCACUAAACGGAACACUCAUUGAUCUGGGGAAUGACUACCGGCGUCACAUGUCUGGGGGCAGCCUGAUCAUUAGCAACCUGGACAAGGACCAAGACACCGGGGCGUACCAGUGCACGGCCUUCAACGCGUGGGGGUCCAUCGUCAGCCGCAGAGCCAGCCUGCAAUUUGCAUAUCUUGAUAACUUCAAAACUCAGACGGUGAGGAGCGCUGUCAACGUCCGCGAGGGCCAGGGAGUGGUUCUGUUAUGUGGACCACCUGCAUAUUCUGGAGAGCUGACGUUUGCGUGGAUCUUCAAUGAAUACCCAAACUUUGUCCAACAAGACAGUCGUCGAUUCAUCUCUCAGGAGACCGGGAGUCUGUACAUCGCAAAAGUGGAGCCCUCAGAUGUUGGCAACUACACCUGCGUGGUUAACAACACUGUGACGAGAGAGAAGGUGCUCAGCUCUCCCACACCGCUGGUCCUCAGAAGUGACGGAGUAAUGGGUGAAUAUGAACCAAAAAUAGAAGUUCAUUUCCCUGAUUCAGUUCCAGCUGCGAAGGAAUCGGUGGUGAAACUGGAAUGCUUCGCUCUGGGAAACCCCGUCCCAGAAAUAACCUGGAGGAGAACCAGCGGCGUCCCUUUCCCCAGCAAAGUGAAAAUGAAGAAUUCAAACGCCGUCCUUGAAAUCCCUAAUUUGCAGCAGGAAGACGCCGGGACGUACGAAUGCGUGGCGGAGAAUCGGCGAGGCAAAAAUGCUGCACGGGGUCGUAUUUCAUUCCAUGCUAAACCUCACUGGCUCCAGACAAUGACCGACACAGCUCUGUCCAUCGAGGAGAACCUCUUGUGGGAGUGUAAGGCCAACGGAAAGCCUAAACCGUCCUACAGCUGGCUGAAGAAUGGGGAGCAAGUGUCGGCUGAGGGCCGGGUACAAAUCGAAAAUGGGGCCCUCUCCAUAGCCGCUGUAAACCUGUCAGAUUCCGGGAUGUAUCAGUGUGUGGCUGAAAACAAACAUGGCAUUAUUUAUUCCGGUGCCCAACUAAUGGUGUUAGCUUCACCUCCCAGUUUCUCCAAAAGUCCAUUAAGGGCCUUGCUAAAAGCUCGCUCAGGCAGCGAAGUCACUCUUGAAUGCAAGCCCCAGGCCUCGCCCCCAGCAAUUAGCCUGUGGAAGAAAGGGAAUGAGAUCCUGCAGAGAACCGAAAGGAUUACUUUGCUACCCAACGGAACAUUAAAGAUCGCCAAUGUGACCAGACGGGAUGCAGGCAGCUACACGUGCGUCGCUAAGAACCAGUUUGGGACAUCGAGCACAACCGGGAGGCUGCUCAUCACCGAGCCCACCAGGAUCACCAUGAGGCCUACUAACAUGGAGAUUAUUGUUGGCGAGAGCAUCGUGUUACCCUGCCAGAUUGCCUGCGAUCCAGCUCUGGAUGUUUCUUUCUCGUGGGCAUUCAACGGCCAGCUCAUCGACUUCCAGCGAGACAGCGAUCAUUUCGAAAGAGUGGGCGGGACUAUAUCGGGGGAUCUGAUGAUUCGUAACAUCCAGCUGAACCACGGAGGGAAAUACGUCUGCGUUAUUGACACCGAUGUCGAGAGCCUGUCCACCUCUGCCAUCUUGGUUGUCAAAGGUCCGCCUGGUCCUCCGGACAAGGUGGCGGUGGAGGAGAUCACAGACAGCACGGCACAGCUUUCCUGGACUCCCGGAAGGGACAACGGCAGCCCCAUCACCGGCUACAUCAUCCAGGCCCGGACGCCGUUCACCGUGGGCUGGCAGGCUGUGGACACAGUGCCGGAGGUGGUCAACGGUAACAUGCUGACAGCUACGGUGGUCGGUCUGAACGCCUGGGUGGAGUACGAGUUCAGGGUGGUGGCCCGCAAUGCCGUAGGCCUGGGAGAGCCCAGUCCGGCCUCGGCCAAGACCAGGACAGAGGAUGCCAUUCCUGAUACAGCUCCCACUGAUGUCGGAGGAGGAGGCGGCACAAAGUCUGAAUUAGUGAUAACAUGGGAGCCUGUUCCCGAGGAACUGCAGAACGGAGAGGGCUUCGGCUACAUCAUCGCCUUCAGGCCCCUGGGCACGGGCACGUGGACGCGAGCGGUCAUCUCCACACCUGGCGUGGCGCGCUACGUCUUCCGCAACGACACCAUCCCGCCCUUCUCGCCGUUUGAUGUGAAAGUGGGGGCGUACAACAACCGAGGGGAGGGGCCCUUCAGCUCCAUCGGCACCGUGUAUUCGGCAGAGGAAGUCCCCAGCGUGGCUCCUAAGAGGGUUAGGACUAGAAGUGUGUCUGCAGUGCAAAUUGAAGUGAUCUGGGAAGCUCUCCCUGCCAUCUCUGAGAGAGUGCUUGGAUACGAGGUCAUGUACUGGGAAGACGACACCAAGCCUGACACUGUUGGCAAAGUGCGCAUAUCUGGGAACUACACGCUGGUUAACAUCACGGGGCUGAAAGCGAACACAGUCUACUACCUCUGUGUGGCCGCAUUCAACACGGCUGGCCCCGGGCCACAGUCGGCGCCCAUCAACGCCACCACAAAGAAACCACCUCCCGAUCGGGCUCCGCUCAACAUACAAUGGACCAUGAUUGGCUCCACGCUCACGAUGCACUGGGAUCCCGUAGUAGCUAUGGAGACCGAGUCAAAGGUCACUGGGUAUUUGGUGCUGCUGAAGAGACAUCGAUACAAUGACAUCAACGCUAUCUCGACCAACAAAACCACCGUGGAGCUCAGCCUAUCCGCCAAUGACAACUAUCUCAUCCAGAUCAAGGCCAUGAGUGAGGGCGGCGAAGGUGUGGGCAGUGAACCCAUCCACAUCCAUAAAUUAAGCAUGGGAGCGCGGGGCUCCGGAGCGAUCCGCCUCGGCCCGUCGUACCUCUCUGCAGUCCUCAUCAGCGGCCUGCUCUGCUCCGCCUGGUGAUGUCUAAUCGGAGCCUACAGAGCGCCCUGCCCUCCCCCUCCACCCCCUUCAGUCGGCCUGUCCACUGGACUGGCACAAGGCCCGGGCUUCAGUGGCAGGACUGGGAAAGACUGGAAAGGACUGGACUCCGCCGAACUCUUAAAGGGACCACGCCACUUUCUUUUAAAAAAGGGCCAUCAGAUAGAGAUGAUUUGCGUGCAUGAUAUCUUUCAGUAUUUCUUCCAGCGUCAUAAGUGCCACCGUGCUCUAGGUUUCAUUUUUAGAAGUUAUGAUGUCUACAUGACUUAUCUUCUUAGUGUCUUUGGAGAUACUAAUGCCUUAAAACCCAUUUUACACAUACAGUCCAUACCAAAGUAGGUGACAGGCUGCUUGCUUUAUGGUUUCUUUAACCCCCUCUAUAACUUCUCAAUGGGUGAUUAACCGAUAUUCAUUGGUUUCAUCCACAUUUUACUCUCUGAAAAAACCUUAAACUAAACCAGUCCCAUUGACAGAACAUCAACUAAUAUCCUUAUCACAUUUUUUGCAGCUUUUGCCAAAAGAAACAUCCAUUGCAGGCUUAAAAUUUUCACCAGGCUUUGACAGAUAUAUGAAAGAUGCAUAGCAAAUUGAUCAACUGUGCCUCAAACCCACUUAUCUCUGCAUAUUGAAAUAAUAUUAGCUCUGUUGGAGAGCUACAGUCUCCUGAGCUUGAAGCCCCCCCCUCCUCCACAAUACUCACAUAGAUAGAUCUUGGCAUUUUGCCAUCUCUUGCUCCUCUAAAUAAUAAAUGCCUAUCACACUCCGCGUUCUCAGUCUGGCUCAAAAAGCCGGGAUUGCAGAAGAUAGAGACGCGUGGUGUCAGAUCCCAUGCGUGCUGUUCCUCCUCUACAUUUAGACGACCUGUGUUCUAGAUACGUAUAUCAUAUCACGGAACAUGUUACCAUCUAUACACUCCAGAUGACCAGCUGGCCCAGUGCACAAUGGACUGCAGGAUAACAGUGCCUUCACUAGAGCUCACUCUGAUUUUUCUUCUUUUUUUUUCCUUUUCAAAUAGCUUAAGGGAAAGAUUCAUGUUGCAGAAGAAGAGGCUUUGUUUGCUUUUCUUUCCGAAGACGUUCGUUAGGAAGGACAGGAAACUCAGAAUGUAGAGGGAGCCCAUUAUUGGAAAAGGGUGUGUUGAUUAAUUUUUCAUUGAGACACCGGGUUUACCUAAGACAAAAAAGGGUUGGAAGCUUUAGGAAAAGCCGCAAUGGAUUUGAGGUAUAAUUUUGGUCCCAGUAUUUAUGGUCCGUGGUAUAAUAAAUGUAUGACUCCAUCCGAAGCAUAAUUUAUGGGCUAUUAAGGCAUCAGAAUAAUUGAUGCCAAUACUGCGGUGAAAGUGCCCUGACUGGAAAUGGAGCGAAAGGCACGGCUGUCAUUUCCCCCCCCACCCCACCCCCCAAAACCCCAUCACCGCCUAUUGGACACACACCAGACUGAACAGCAACAAAAGAGCAUCUGCUGAGGGAGCAACUUUUCACGCCCUUUUAUGAUGUGGAUGAGUCUGUCAAAAGCCACCCAAGAAAGAGCCGAGGUACGAUUACCGGGGUCUUGACAAUGUUCACGUGGACGUGGAAGGAUACAGUCAACUGAACUGCUACACAUUACUGUGCCUUUGCCGAACAUGGGGCUGUGUACGGUCAUUAGCUCGGAGGCUGUCGUCGUCUUCGUCGUCUGUAUUUUGCACUCUCUUCUGCCCCCCACCACCACUUCCCCAAAGUCGAAUGAAAGCACAAGGAAUUGAUGCAAGGUGACUGGAUGUCCUCACUUAGCCGUCUGAACAGGUGUGCAGUCCCCAGAGGCCUCGUAAAAAAAGUCCAAACGGCCGACAUAAUCAGGCUGUCCUAUCUGCUCCUUUACUGGUUUCAUAAAGCUCUGUGCUCUUUGAUUAGACUGCUGCAGACCAGUCAAUGGGAUAUUGAUUUUCUUGCCCCAUUAUUACAGCUGUCACAAUUCAGCUGCUUGAUUGACUUAUGGCCGCGUUCUUAUCACACUUUUUGUGUUACAGGCAAUGAUGCUUCAGAACUACUUAACUCCCCAUCAGACAACUUCAAAGGCAUUCUUUUUCUCUGUUGUGUUUUGCUUUGUUUUUACUAGAAAUCUCACUGUAUUUGCUUAAUUUCUUUUUCACAGAUUUACGAGUAUUUUGUUGUGUAGUGGUUGAUUUUGUGAUUUUGCAUUGGAGCAGUGAGCUGAAAUUGAUUGGCUGGUUGAUUCUUUUGAGUUACACGUCAAAGUGCUACUGUGGAUUUCUUUUUCUGACAACAUAAAAGCCCAGUCACACCAGCAUUUAAAACAGUAGUCUAAAAUUCCGUGGCGAAAAUCAUUUCAAUGGGGUGAAGUAAAUCUGUGUAAAUUUAAACUUUGGUGAACUUUUUUUGUGCCGUUAACUUUUAUCAAACUGCCUUGACAAACUGGAUAAUCCAAAUUGGUGAAAGCUAGCUUAUCAGCUGUGUUGCAUUAACCCGUUCUCAUUCCCAAUUAGUCACAUAUGGACGCUUGGUCAGGACCCUUUGGCGUCAUUUAGGUUUAGGCAACAAAAUACUUAGUCAGGUUUAGUAAAACUAAACUGGUUCUUGACCUUUUCGAGUCACGACCACCCAGAAUAAUCAGGUUGCCGUUCGCGACCCUACACGCCUCCCCCUGCUGAUUUUGAGUGAUUAUUGUGAAUACUCUGAUUAAUAAAUGUAGGCUAAAUAAAUAAUGCUUUGUUUAGUUUUGUUUUGUUUGGUUUGAACAGCUAGCACCUAGGCGUUGUCCAAUGUGCUCCAGGCACUGUGGAUUUUACACUACUCUCUACACUCCAUACAAUCUGAGGCAGAUUAUAUCACUGGUACAGGCGAUGUCAUGUAAAAAACAUUACCCAGUCUAAAAUAUGUUUUUUUAUUUAUUUGUUAGUUUAAUUUUUUUCUCAACAAUCAUCUGGCAACCCCCAAAAUUAUCUUAACCUACCCCGAGGUUGAGAACCACUGUAGUAAAAGACCCUGGUUUGGGUUAAAAUUACGCAAUUUUGGUAAAUUACAUAGCCUACGUUACAUGACGUAAAUUAAGAACGUUACGUAACGUAGCCUACUUACGCAACUUAAAAUAAGUCAACGUUAACUUUUGGUGUCCUGGGUGAAAGCCCUGUGUUUGUUUGACCCAUCCAUCGCCCCCGUUUGCCACCGCUCUCUGGUUUGUUGUUCGUUAUACUACGCCGUCAUGGACGGCUGGAGCAGUUGCUCUGAGCGUCAGAUAUUGCCGCGGAUGGGUUUACAGCCCGGUGGGUCUCAUACAGACGCUAACGGGUGAUUUGUGCGUCGGUAUCAGACAUUGAGGGCUGUGAAAACGUCCGUAUUUGACGCCCUGGGAAUGAGACUGGACUGGCACUAACCACUUUCAUUUAACCCUCCUCUGUCGGAGUACAAUCUGCUCCACAAAGAAGUUUUUAGACAAGUAAUGAGAGGUUUUGAUGGAACAAAUAUGUCUAUGGAAUAAACUGUGUGAACUAAAUGUCCUGUUAUUUACCAAGCUAAUGAGCAACAGUGCUAGCAAGCUAGCUAGCUUAGGGAGUUUUUUAUUUUUUUAUUUUUUAAAGAUGGAGAACAAAGAACUAAAAGACUGACUAGCACUAGCAUGUUCCUGGCUCUCUAUCACGUUUAGCCGUUAGCUUGACAACUACAGUAGUUCACCAACUAGCCCUGGGAGUAUUCACUAUGUCACCAAGCCUCUAGCGAUGCCCUUUUCACAAAGACGUGAGAUGAAUAUCGCUGUGCCGCUUUCUGGUGUGACCGGGCCUCAAAGCAGCUUGUGUGUCCAAAUACUUGAUCCAAGUGUUGUUAAUAUUUCCGUUAAUAUCCAAAUAACUUAACCUCAUCGCAAGAUGGCAGACUCCUAGGUUAUUCAUUUACAGUGUUUAAAAGUGUGGCAGUUUUCUCUGAGCUUUCUUAAUUUUUGACAUAGUUGUAAUUCAGCCUGAUGUUUCUUACCUCUGCUCAUGUUCUCAUAAGAAAACAAAACUAUUGUUUCUGGCCUUGUGCUUUAAUAAAUACUACAAAGUACAAUCUAAUGGAAGUGAAGGAAGUGAUCAGAGGCGUCGGCUGGAAUGGUUGAAGUGUACUGAUCACAGACACAACAACAUAUCUAUUUAUAUCCGCAAGGUCUGUUUGGUUAGAUUGGUUUCUGUGGUUGUUGUUGCUAAUGAGGAGUGUACCUGGUGCAGUGUAAAUAGCUUGCAUAUAUUUUUUAAACAUGGCCAUCAAAGACAACCUUACUGCUUUUAUAUAGUGUGUUCUCCGACCUUAAUACUGGUGUAUUAAUCAAUGAUCUCUGUGAGAUACUGACAUGUAGAAUGGCAUUUUCAUAUUGAAAAGUAACUGUUUUGUCUUGUAUACUAAAAUUGUGCAUGUUAAUCAUUGUUUGUGAAUUUGUGUUGGAUUUUUUUCUAAAACUAUAACUUAAUAAAAAUGUUUAUUCCAGCCA